UGUUUGGGAUUCCUUCUCAAAAAGGACUUUUGAGCUCAAAAGGACUUAUUAACCUACUAAAAGUUAAAAGUAAUCCCAAACAUCAUCUAGAAAAGGACUUAUAUAUCUAAAAGGAAUCCCAAACACUCUGUGAAAAGGACUUAUAUGCAGUUUUUUGCCUUCAAGAAGGAGAAGUCAAUAAGUAAGAAUUUCUUACUUCUUGCUUCUCAAAAGUCCUUUUGAGUGAAAAGGAAUCCCAAACAUGCCCAAAAUUUGCCCCAACUAUCUCAGAUCUUCCCACAAACCCAAAUUUUCCCAAAUUCCCUCUCAAAGCUUUGAAGUUGUCAGGAAUUUCUCCAUAGUUCAUUUCCAUCUGAGCAUUCAUUUCCAAAUCUUUCUGAAACACUAGGGUAAACAACAUAUCUGAUGCAUGCGCUAGGUUUGGAGUGUGUUUGGAUGUGGAGCUGAGUUCCGAUGGGUCACCAGUGCGGUAAGGGAUGGCGGUGUUCUGUUCCGGUACAACAGAUGACGAGGGUUAUCUUGCACUUCAUCGAUAGGAUGCUUCGAGUCGAUUCCGGGUUCUAUCUAUUUCCAUGAACAAAAUCAUCAGUCUGAAUUUUAUAUUACUGUAGACGGUUCACGACACGGAUGUUGGAUGUGAACACGUAUUAGUGUUGAUAAGCUUGAUUGCGCUUCUUUGUUGCACGGAUUUGGGUCUACUUCGUACACUUUAGAUGUAGGCAUUACAGGCACCAAGCGAUUAAGGUAAACAAUCGCUUCUUUGCUUUAGGUUUUAACAACCACAAGAUGUAACAAAUUUUAAUCUAUAACAAAUUUCAUUUGAUAUAUGCUGUUACAUGUUUAGUGGUGGAAUGAGAUUUUUAAUGAAGUAUAAAUUACACUUGGCAAACCGAGUGGGUCGGGUCGGGUGGCUCGUCAAAAUGGGUUCGGGUCAAAAUGGGUUAAUUAAAAAAGGGUUGUUUUGGUUCGGGUCGGAAUGGGUUCGGGUCAAAACGGGUCUCGGUCAGAACGGGUUUCGGGUCGGUUUAUAAAUGUUUUUUUACGAGAAAUAAACAUACCACUUUGAUCCAAAAUAACAAACAUGCUUAAUACAGACAAAACCUCAACUAAAAGUAUGACCCGUCCUUAUGAUUGGAAUGUAAGCCUAGAUUACUUUUAUCUCACUGUCCUAACACUAUAUAAGAACUAGUAACCUCGAAAGAACAGGUAAAACUUAUAAGCUUAUACACAAAAAAUAUAAAAUUAACAUUAUAAAUGGUACAACGUACCGGAAUAGCGUACCGGAUCGUAGCGAAUUCGUGCCAUCUAGUAAGUGGUGGUUUGUUGGUUGUUCGAAAGUGGCUGGGUUGUCUAUGUGUAAAGGUAGUAAGAUAAAGGUUGGGGAGCACGUGAAGUUUACGUUUCCGAUGGAGAGAUCGUUGACCGGUCCCCCACCGGGGAAAUUUGGCGGUGGCGGGAGGGGUAGGCAGCCAGCUGCGUGUUCGGAGAUUGUGAGGUUUUCUACUGUGGCUUCUGGGGAGAUUGAUAGGAUCCCAAACGAGUGGUCUAGAUGUCUUUUGCCUCUUGUGAGAGAUAAGAAGAUUCAAGUUGAAGGUUUCUGUAAAUUUGCUCCUACUAAUAUGGGACUUAUGGAUAUCCUUAAUCUAUCUGUUAGGGUGUACAUUAAUAGUUCCAUUUUACACAAAAGUCAUCAGACCUCUCUCAAAGUACCCAACAGUUCCACUGAUGAAAUGUCCAUGCAUCCCCUUCCGACCUUGUUUCGGUUACUUGGACUAGUUCCUUUCAAAAAGGAGGAAGUUUAUAGUUUAUGUGAACGCGUUUUCAGAAGUUUGACUUAUUUUCAUGCUAAUUUAUCAACUAUAGUAUAUAUUUCCAUGCCACAUAACUUAUCUUAAGGUGGCUUUUUGUUACCGAAGAAGAUAAUAAAAGCUUACCCUGCUUCCAGGUGAUGGCAAUAUAGAUAACUAGAUGUAUUGAAAGAACCACCCAAUCUUUGGCUGAAGAGAGCUUAAAGUGAUGUCAAAAGAAGUUGAAUAUAGUGAAUUGGCUGAUGCGGCGACAAUAAGAAUGCGUCCUCAAUUCUUGACGGGAUUGGAUGAAAAGUGGGGAUGAAAAGGCUAGAACAGAUGGGGCAAACAUCACUGAAACGAUUAAAGAUGAAGGGUUUUGGGAAUCCGUGGAGAAUAUUUUAGCUAUUACAAAACCUAUUUUUUUGCUAAUCAAGUUUUGUGAUGGUGAAGGUCUUAAGAUGGGUGAAAUCUACGAAAAGAUGGACAACAUGGUAGGAGAAAUCAAAGAUGUUAUGAAGGAUAACAAAUAUGCAGGUUAUUUUGAGGAAAUUAAUCAGAUUGUUUUGGCUAGAUGGGAUAAAAUGUCAAUCCCACUUCAUUGUUUGGGGCAUGCUUUGAAUCCAAGGUUUUACGAUAAACAUUAUCUACAACAGUUGGCACCCAAUAACGUUAAAAGAAAAGCUCCGAACCUAGACGUGGAAGUUGCAAAUGGUGUUAUAGAAGCGUUUAAAAAAAUCAGGGAAGAUGAAGAGGAACAAAGUAUGUUGCGGGCACAAUUUGCAACAUUUCAUAUGAAAAAAGGUAUUUUUUCGAGGACCGCGGCACAAGCUGAUGCCGUGACAAUGGAUGCAGUUGAUUGGUGGGGUACAUAUGGGUCGGAGACACCCGAAUUGGCGGAGGUGGCAAAAAAAGUGCUCUCUCAACCGAUUAGUAGUUCUUUGGCGGAGAGAAACUGGAGUACAUACUCCUACAUCCAUAAUGUCAAGAGAAAUCGUUUAAAUUGCGAUAGAGCAGAUAAACUAGUUUUUAUUCACUCUAACAUUAGGCUUCAGAGUCGUUUUUUAGAAUCAUAUAAAUCUGGUCCCCACAAAAAGUGGGAUAUGAACCUGGAAAGCACGUAUAUUGAAGGUUCAAGUGCUCAUUUGGAAGAAAUGGUUUGGGAAAAUCUUGUUGAAGAAGACGUCGAUAACAGGAAAGGAAAAAGGGCACGUCUAAAUUAGGAUUUUAAAAUUUAUGUUUAUGUUUUCUAUUUGCUAAUAUGAAUAAUAUGUUUUGAUCAUUUAGAUUUAUGAAAUUAGUAUUUUUGCUUUAA